AUGGCUUUUUCCAAGCUUGCUUUGCUCGUCGGUGCGGCGGGCGUUUCUGCUCUCGUCGCGCAGACCCCGGCCCGCUCCGUCGGCGCCGUCGACAUCGCCUCCGAGUGUCGGCUUCCUCCAGCCAUUGACCCGUCCAAGGAUGGCCUGCCGCACAGCUCCAAGCUCUGGAGCGGCAAGGCCGCGCUCAAGAAGCAGGUCGAGCGCCACCAGGCCAUUGUCCGCGUCCCGUCCAUUUGCUUCGAUGAUCUAGGCGAGAUUGGCAAGGACAAGCGCUGGGAGCCCUUUAAAGAGCUGCACAAGGUGAUUGAGAAGACGUACCCCACAAUUUACAAGCGCGCCAAGGUGGAAAAGAUCAACACAUAUGGCCUGCUGUACACGAUCGAGGGAACCGACUCGUCCCUCAAGCCUACGCUGCUGAUGGCCCACGAGGAUGUCGUUCCUGUCGCCGACGAGUCCACAUGGACCUAUCCUCCCUUCGACGCCCACUACGACGGCCAGUUCCUCUGGGGCCGCGGCUCCAGCGACGACAAGAACAGUCUGACGGCCAUCAUGUCGACCCUCGAGACGAUGCUCGCCGACACCGAGUGGAAGCCCCGCCGCACCGUGCUGGUCGCCUUCGGCUUCGACGAGGAGUGCUCUGGCUUCCGCGGCGCGCAAAAGAUUGCCGCCGAGCUGACCAAGCGCUACGGCGACGACGGCCUCGCCGUCAUCAUCGACGAGGGCGGCUUCGGCAUCCAGACCAUUGGCGACGUCAAGUACGUCCUGCCCAGCAUCACCGAAAAGGGCCACGUCGAUGUGUGGUUUGAGCUGCACGUCGUCGGCGGCCACAGCUCGAUUCCCUUUCCCCACACCGGCAUCGGCAUCAUCGCCGAGAUUGUCAAGACGCUCGAGGCGAACCCCUACGCGCCUGUCCUCACCAAGGAGAACCCCGUCUACGCACACAUGGCCUGCCUGGCGCGCUACUCCCCCGACGAGAUCCCCGAAGUCACCGAGCGUGUCCGCAGCGGCGACGUCCAGGGCAUCGCCGAGGUCCUGGACGGCUCCGGUCUCAUGCAGUCCUUCAUGGUGCGUACCUCGCAGGCAGUCGACUUUAUCAGCGGCGGCCAAAAGAUCAAUGCCAUGCCGGAGAAGACAACCCUCGGCGUCAACUACCGCGUGACGCUGGACGACGGCAUCCCCAAGGUCCUGCACAACAUUGUCCGCUACAUCGACCCCAUUGUCAAAAAGUACAACCUCUCCGUCUCGGCGUUUGAGGGCGACGAGGACUAUGCGGCGUACGCGGGCAAGGCUGCCGCUGCGCCCAUGGCCGGCAAGGGCGACAAGAUCGACGCCAAGUACGAGGUCGACUGGCAGGGCAAGCUCAUCAUCAAGACGGCCGAGACUUCGCAGCCCGCCAACGUCUCGCCGAUGCACGGCAAGGUCUGGGACACCUUUUCCGGUACUGCCCAGCACAGCCUCGCGUUUGACGGCACCGUCGUCCCUGUCGGCGAGACCAUGACUGGCAACACCGACACUCGCCACUACCAGAACCUCACCCCCAACAUCUACCGCUUCACUCCUGCUACUCCCGGAUCGACCACCGGAAUCCACACCAUCGAUGAGCGCGUCGACAUGCACGAGCACAUGAAGAUGCUGUCGUUUUACUAUGACUUUAUCCGCAAUUUUGACGCCGCCGUGCUCGAGGGCGAGAGCCAGGGCGAAGAUAACCAGGAGCUGUAG